UGCAUGGACAUGAAUGGAUUCAACAGAUGAAAGUGCCCUAGCAGCAGUCAGCAGCGCAAAACUAAAGUUGAGAUUGUUUUGUGAAAUUGCAAUUUAUCGGCGUUCUUGACAAUGUCUUUAAAUACUGCUCACGCCAACGACGGCGUUCUUAUUCACCUGGGUGAACAGAUUCUCUUGUUUUGUGAUGAUGUCACCAUGGAGUUUCAUGGUGUGGAUCAGGCUGAAUUCCGUGGUAGUAAACGAGGUCGUCUGUAUCUGACAACGCAUCGCAUGAUCUUCAACAACAGAAAUAGUGGAGACAAAAUGGUCUCCUUUUCAUUCCCAUUUGUCAGCAUUAGUGAGGUUGAACUUGAACAGCCAGUUUUUGGUGCAAACUACAUCAAAGGAAAAGUUAGAGCCCAACCUAAUGGGAACUGGCUCGGGGAAGCAAAGUUUAAGCUUAUGUUUAAAUCUGGAGGUUGUAUUGAAUUUGGACAAGCCAUGCUGAAAGCUGCUCAAAUGGCCAUGCGAAUGGGUCCUCCUGGAUAUGCCCCACCUCCAUAUGUACCUCCAAGUGGACCCUGGUAUGCUGCCCCACCACCAGCCUAUGCACCAAAUCCUACGGGUUACUAUGGAUGGGUUCCACCCACUGACACUUUUCCUCAAGCCCCUGCACCAAACUCAGUGUUUAUGACCGACAUGCCUCUCCCGUAUCCUGGAAUCAAUGGGUACAAUGGAUAUGCUAAUGCACCAUCUGCUCCUGGAGCAGCAGGCUUUACCAUGCCCCAGAAUACUUCUUCACAGGAUGCUAAAGCUGCUGAAGCAGCUCAGAGUGCUUACUAUGACCCAAAUAAACCACAAUGUGCCUACGUUCCACCCCCAUCAUACUAUGAACCACCUCCAUCCUACCACCAUGCAACUGGCAAGAAGGAGCAGUAACAGCUGUUCUUGUAUCUCAGAGAUUAUAUAAGCUGCUUUUAGUCUGGAAAUACAACUUGCUUGGGCCAUCAUUGUUAAAAAUUUUCAUUAAUUAAUUACUUAUAAAUUCACUGGAAUGGGUAAAAUUUUCCAAUUUUUUCCACUUCAGUACAUUUUACCUUUUUAGUGAUGACUUUUUGGCUUUAGUCUCACAAAAUCUUAAAUAUAUUUUCUGAAAACCAGUUCUUAAAUUAAGUUUCAAUGAAGUCUACCUUGAUUGUCGACUAAUCUGGGUUUGUGUCUUCAAAAACUGAGAUAAGAAGUAACAUACAAAUUUAUCUUUUGAGCCAUAUUUUAAUACUUUUUGCUCUAAAUGACUUCAACUGAUUUUUAAAAGUGGCUUGUAUGUAACAUACUCUAAUUGUGAUGAUUGUGAAAAUCCUAGACCACUUGCAGCACAUGGUGCUAGUAGAGCAGGAAAAAAUGAUUCUAUGAAGUGGCCUGUGUAGAUUGUGAGAUUGUGCAGAUGAUAUGUAUGAUAUUUUAUUACUAUGCAUGAUUGUAUUUUCUGUAUGACAUAGUAUUCAGUGAGGGAACGAGGAUGAAGUUUGGGGUACUAGCCAGUGUCAGUACCAAGACAGAUGUAUGAAUGGAUACACUAAAUGGAUCUGCACAAGAUCUGCAUCACAAAAUGUCACAUUGCUUUUGUAGAGGACAUAGUGUUUAUCAGAGGUGAAUGUCCAAUAGCACCUUUAGCUAUCAUUGACAUCAUGGUGGUAAUUUUUUUUUCAAGUUUUGAAAGGACUGUUGGUUAACAUUUAUUAAAAACUGUUUGUAAAGUUAUGAGAGACAAUAUAGUGCAAGUGUCCUGAAAGUAAAAUUGUUUCUUCAUUGACAUUAAUACAAAUUAUAAUAUGAAGGAACUAUGGGGCAAUAAUAUUGUUAAAUAGGUAAUUGAAAAUUCUUGUCCCCAGUGUUAUUUUAUUUUCUCUCCGGUAUUAGUUGAACCUGAGUGAUUCUAGCCUAAGUGCAUUCAGUUAAUUAAAGUUCUGGAUACUGAAAUGUUUCUUGUGAUAUUUAUGGUAUUUUAUGAGUCCAGUUGCAAGUAGUUUGUUUAUUGUUAGUCUAGCAACUUCAUGUUGAGAUGCAUGUUUUGCCAGCUCACUGAAAAAGUUUUGUUUUUAAGCAAACAUUAAUUGUGUUUUGUUUUACAAAUUUUAUGAGGAGUUUGCUCUAUCUGGGUGAUUUUGUCGCUAACUUUGUCUAGUUUUGGUUGGGUCAGCUCUUUUAUCGCUUCAUAAUUCACAAGGUUGCAUUUUGCAAAGACACUAUUAUUUCGGGGCUAAUUCAAUCUUGUCAACUCUCAUUAUUUGUCAUCAUUUUAGAAUGUUACGCUUUAUCUGCAUUAUUUCAUUAAAAAACACGUCUGUUAUGCUUUUAUUUCUAUUAUCAUUAUUAUUACUACAAUAUUACUACUACAAUUAUUGUUUUUAUUUUGCAUGAUGUAUGUGUUUUUCACACAUUCCAAUUGUUUCAUCAAUAAACAUAAAUGUUGAA